AUGGAAAAGGGAAGAAGUGGAGUGACGGCGCCACCUUACACACAAAAGUUGCAGGACGUCGAUGGGGGGGAGUUUGUUCCGACGAUAAAGUCCUACAAUAACGAGCAUUUUUUGCUGAGCCCGCAGGGGCGGCUUAUUCGCAUUCUGUGCGAGUUUGAAGAGCCUGCGGGCCGGCUGCGGAGGCACAAGGUGCGGUCUACUGUGCUAUUCUUCGGGAGUGCGCGUGCGAUGAGUGCGGAGGAGCACAGACUUACAGUGCAGAAGUACGAGGCAUCCCUUGCUGUGGCCGAAAACGACGAGGCAAGGGUAAAAGUUAGACAUGAGCUGCACCAACUACAGAGAACGCAGUGGAUGUGUGAAUGGGUGAACAAGGUGCGGGACAUGUCGCGUAUGAUUGCUGAAUUUGCCAUCGGUCACAGGGACCUUAUCAAUGCCUCGUUUACACACAUGCCGGACUACUUCCGCCCGACACUCAGUGAUGUUAACAAAGACUCCUCCAUGUCGCUUUUGGAGGAUGACUUCCUUGACCUUGUCGUCACAACUGGCGGUGGCCCUGGUUUUAUGGAAGCCGCUAAUGAAGGAGCAGCGUCUGUCGAAAGUUCUGCAACGAUGGGAAUGGGCAUUUCGCUCCCCUUUGAGAAGGGUCUCAACCGCCACAUCACCCCUGACCUCGCAUUUGAGUUUCACUACUUCUUUACACGCAAGUUUUGGAUGAUGUACUCUUGUCGUGCCAUCGUCAUUGCACCAGGUGGGUUUGGAACGCUGGAUGAACUUUUUGAGCUGCUUACCCUGCGUCAAACAGGGAAAAUUCCGGAUCUUCCCAUCGUUUUAUUUUGCAGCCAGUUCUGGAAGACGGUAGUCAACUGGGAUGCACUAGUGGAGUUCGGAACAGUAUCAAAGGGAGAGGUUGAUGCGCUUUGCUUUGCCGACACAGCUGAGGAGGCGGCAGAAUUCAUUAAGAGCUUUUUUUUGGCCCAAGCGUAA